CACCACCCCGCCGUGCGCGCGCACACACACACGCGCGCAGCGCACAUGGACUGAAUGUUCCAGUAGCUGUUGACCCUCUUCCCCUCUCCCUCUCUCCCUGCCGCUCUCUCCGAGCCAGUGGCUCUGUAAAGAAGUGGAGAGGUGGUGGCGGCAAUUUAAAACCCCGCGCUGAAACUGCACACCGCGCGGCACUGUAUAGCGGCGGACAGAAGACCCCCAAAGUGUGGCGCGCAGACGAAGCGGUUCGCGGACGACGCGGUGAGGGGGAGAGAGAGGAGACGCGUUUCCAAAUAGAAAUUUUGCGCUUUGGAAGUCAAAGGGGGUUGGGGGGGGGGUGUGCUGGUCACUGUUUACCAACCACCACCACAACAACAACAACAACAAAAACCUCUCCACCCACACCCAGCCACCCAGCUAACCCACCCCCGCCGCCGCCACCACCACUGCCCGAGCACCCGGAGUGAGACAGAGAGAGCUGUGAGCGUGCGGCAGCGGUCGCCGUCCUCGCGAGCGACGUGUAAGGUGGCGGCGGUCACCGGGAGAACCGCCGGUGACGCUUUGGCAGCAGUGGCCCGUCGGUGGCCGCGCUCAUGGCCAGCUCGGCCCCUGCCAACGGUCUGCAGGGAGACCCUGAGAUAGAGCUCUUUGUCAAGGCAGGGAGCGAUGGAGAGAGCAUUGGAAAUUGCCCUUUUUCUCAGCGCCUCUUCAUGAUCCUCUGGCUGAAGGGCGUCGUCUUCAACGUCACCACAGUGGACAUCAAAAGGAAGCCACCGGAACUGCAGAACCUGGCCCCAGGCACGCACCCUCCAUUCCUGACGUUCAACGGCGAAGUGAAGACCGACGUCAACAAGAUUGAGGAGUUCCUGGAGGAGCAGCUCUCACCCCCAAAUUACGUGCGGCUGGCGGCCAGGCAUCGGGAGUCGAACCUGGCGGGAAACGAUGUCUUUGCCAAGUUCUCGGCCUACAUCAAAAACGCCAAGAAGGAGGCCAAUGACAAUCUCGAGAAGGCUCUGCUCAAGGCCUUCAAGAAGCUGGACGACUACCUGCUGUCGCCCCUUCCGGAAGAGAUCGAUGACUGCAGCAUGGGGGAUGACGGAAUCUCCCCGCGCAAGUUCCUGGACGGCGAUGAACUGACCCUCGCCGACUGCAACCUCCUGCCCAAGCUACACAUUGUGAAGAUCGUGGCGAAGAAAUACCGGGACUUCGAGAUCCCGGCCGAGAUGACGGGCGUGUGGAAGUACCUGCGCGGCGCGUACGCACGUGACGAGUUCACCAACACGUGCCCCGCCGACCGCGAGAUCGAGCUGGCCUACGCGGACGUGGCCAAGCGGAUGAGCUGAGCCGCCCCCGUCGCCCGAUCGAAAGGCCACCCGGCAGCCCUCCCGGGAGCCCACACGUAGCUCCUGGCAGCCGCACGUCGCACGCCCAUCCACCAUCUCGUUUCCCCCAGUGCCCCUCCACGCACGGCUGCAAGUGGGUGGAAGCUGUGCACCCCCCCCCCCCCCCCCCACCAAUCCCCCCCACCACCAUCCACUCCUUGGGGGACGUGGUGCCCCAGUACGCGCGGUUCACCCGCCAGGGAUGAAUCUACCACCGGGGUGCGCUGGUGGGGACGGUGGCAUGCGUGUGUUGUGUUGUGCGGGUUUCGGUAACAUAGGGUGUGAAAUCAUAUCUUUGCCAACUCUUUAAUAUGUACAGUAUACAUAUAUAUGAUGGGGGGGGGGGGGGGGCUAAAACUAACAACGCAUUUGAUCUAACUAUAGUUCGCCCGAUAAGUCAAUCUGUUGACCCCUUCAAGGUCACCAUCUCGUUGUUUUCCACACGCGCUCGCGGGCGACAGCAGUCCCCGUGGACCGUGCUGCUCGUUGCGCUCGGCGCUUUGCCACGGCUCUUUGCAACAGUCGUGGGGACGCGUGACGUGAUGUUUCAGGCAAGGGGCAGCACUGACGGCAGUGCGGGGGGGGGUGGGUCUCCGCACGGUCUGGUAGUCGCGGGGACGCGUAUCAUUCGCGCAAGUUGCCGUCAAGUCGAGUAGCGGCGGUGUGCCUGAACAUUCGUCAAACGUGCAGACCUCGUCCGCCGACGCAAUGAUGCGUGAUAGUUACAUUCACCGAUAAUAAUUCGUGAUCACAACGUAGCGUCCUCUUGCAGACGGCCAACCCGCGACGCAUGAUUCACACGGCGGCGCCUCGUGCUCUCGUGCGUAGCUACCGUUACGAGGAAUGGCCCACGCAUGCCACUUGCCUGCCCACUCGCUUCGCUGGCACGUUGCGUCCGCCCCGCAGCGGUGGCACCCGCGUCCACCGUGGUGGACUUCAGCCCGGACCCUGCCGGUGACUGGGUCCGACGAAGAACGUCCAUGCGGGAGCUCCCCCCUUUCUGUCCCUAGACCCCCCCCCCCCCCCCCCACACUCUCAGCUGCUCAUGCAGAACUCCGAUCCGCUGACCUCGCUUCUCAUUCUCUGCCGCCCCCAGUUCGCUCGGCCAAAUUAACUCAAAACAAUGUUUCUUCCCCCCCACCCCCGCCGCACCUCCAAAUAGCACAGUUGGCGUACGUAUAUGGCGCACAAGACGUUCAACAUACGCACAUUUAGCUGCAGGCAUCGAAUCCGCGCCAUCCUGAAAGUGCAAGGUUCUCACGGGGGUACGAUGAGUUUAGUUUGCCCUCUAAGGAGCGAUGUUGCUGCUGUGUGCUUUUACCCAAUUGUACCGCCGUGAGAGGUUGCGGUGCGGUGGUGGGGGGUGGGGGGUGGGGGGUCACCAAUAAGAGUGGGCAAUGCAUUUAAAUCGCCUUUCCCCGCGUGGCGGUUCGCGCACACGCGUAGCGAUAUCGUGAUGCCCCCACGCGCACGGUGGCCGAUAGCGCGGAGUUCUUUGUGGUGGUGGUGGGGGGGGGUCGAGUUUGGGGGGCGCUUGCAAGUCGAUUGCCGUGGUGAGUCUUUGGUGUGUGCACACUGCCGUGCCGGCUUCCAAAGCUUUGCACCGAAGGCCUCUGCAUUCGGCGCAGACAGAGAGAGGGAGAGGCGCGCUGACACCCCCCCCCCCCCGAGAGCAGCC